AUAUAUCCAUCCCUCUUUGCUCACUGCAAUCUAUCACCAUUCCAAAAAGCCCUGAGCCUUGUUUUCUGCUCUGUCUUCCCACUGCAGUCUUCUCACUUCGACAAUGGAUCACAUCAUCUCACCUCAGAGUCUCGUUCUUCUCUCUACUCUGCUCUGCUUAUUCCUUGGAGGAGAUUGCGUCACGUUCGUGUUCGUCAACAAGUGUGAGGAUACAGUGUGGCCCGGGGUCCUCUCCAAUUCCGGCAGCCCGCCACUGGAUGCCACCGGCUUCGCCCUCCCUUCCGGCGCCUACCGCACCCUCCUGGCCCCGGCGGGCUGGUCGGGCCGCUUCUGGGCUCGCACUGGAUGCUCCUUCGAUGGCUUCGGGCAUGGUUCCUGCGCCACCGGCGACUGCGGCUCCGGCCAAGUAGAGUGCAACGGCGCCGGGGCCACGCCGCCGGCGACCCUGGUGGAGUUCACCCUCGGCGGCGGCACAAGAGGGGGCGAGGACUACUACGACGUGAGCCUCGUGGACGGGUACAACCUGCCGAUGACCGUGGAGGCCAGCAGAGAGGGCUGCGCCGCCACGGGUUGCGUCGAGGACCUGAACCGGCUGUGUCCGCCGGAGCUGAGGACGGGGGAGGGGGCCGCAUGCAGGAGCGCGUGCGACGCUUUCGGGCGGCCGGAAUUCUGCUGCAGCGGGCAGUACAGCAACCCCCAGACAUGCCGGCCGUCGGCGUACUCCGAGCUGUUCAAGUCGGCGUGCCCGCAGGCGUACAGCUACGCCUUCGACGACGCCACGAGCACCUUCACCUGCGCCGAAGUUCAAAGCUACGCCAUUACCUUCUGCCCUGUGUCCACUCCAAGUAGAAAAGCAUCGAAGAACCCAACAGGAGUAGUGCUGCAAGACGACUCGUGGCUCGCGAGCUUGGCGAUCGGAAGCGCGAAUCCCACGAGGAGGAGCGUGGCUUCGGUAUCCGCAGCAGCAGUAACAGUUGUAGUUACUGGUUUCCUAUUUGUUUCCUCGUAACGCUUCAGAAUGGUCACACUUUGGGGUGACUCUGAAAAGCCUGGAAUGUAGCCGAUGGCGACAGAGCGACUGACUGUUCUGAGAUGGGAGUUUUGAUCAAGAGCUACAUUCUCUCA